CGCUUAAAAUGAGUAAACAAAAAUAAACUAUCUAACUAUCAACUAAAUCAAAUAGCAACUGUGAAUCUCGUAAAGCUCGUUAUAAAAAUCAAACAGAACCCAGUGUAAUUCUCAGGCACGAUGAAAUUAAUAUUUAUUCUAUUAUUGUCGAUUCCAGUGGCAAUUUGUCUAUUUCCCAACGUCUACAAGAAGAUACCAGUCGAAGCAAUCACCGAUGAUCCCGGGGUUCCCCUGUUUCUAACGCCUUUAAUCGAGCAAAACAAACUGCAAGAUGCCCGAGCGGCCGCCAGGGUGUAUUUCAACGGUUUCAAAGACCUAGAAAGCUACGCGGGCUACUUUACGGUGGACAAAGCGUACAGUUCGAACUUGUUCUUCUGGUACUUCCCCGCGAUCAGCAACGCCAGCGCGGCGCCGGUCAUCCUGUGGCUCCAAGGCGGACCCGGAGCGAGUUCUCUAAUCGGUUUGUUUGGAGAAAACGGACCGUUCCAAGUGAAAAGUAAAGGAUUAAAGUUGAGGCCUUAUUCUUGGACAAACGACCACUCUGUUAUAUACAUUGAUAGCCCGGCUGGUACCGGGUACAGCUUUACUAAAGGUGGUUAUGCUCAAAACGAAACCAAAGUCGCAGGAGAUUUGUACAAUGCGCUUGUGCAAUUCUUCACAGUAUUCCCCGAAUUGCAGAAAAAUGAUUUUUACGUAUCCGGAGAAUCGUAUGGGGGUAAAUACGUGCCGGCCAUUUCGUACGCCAUCCAUCAAAACAAUCCUAACGCUAAACUCAAGAUCAAUCUGAAGGGUUUGAGCAUCGGAAACGGUUUCUGCGACCCCAUCAACCAAUUAAACUACGCCGAUUAUCUCUUCCAGCUCGGCCUGAUCGAUUCCAACGGGAAGAAGACCUUCGAAAGCCAACAGCAACAGGGCAUCGACUACAUCAAAAACAACAACUUCGCCAAAGCGGCGGAGGUUUUCGACGAUUUACUCGACGGCGACUUCAACAAUCGCACGUCCACGUUCCAGAAUCUCACCGGCUUCGCUAACUACUACGACUUCUUGUACCCGUACGAUACGAACGAGCAGGAAAUCGAUUUGACCGGAAAGUACUUGCAGAGAGCGGACGUUCGGGCCGCCAUACACGUGGGCUACAUGCCCUUUAACGGCAUCUCGAAAAACGUAGCGUUAAAUUUAAUCGACGACAUCAUGCGCAGCGUUACUCCUUGGUUGAAAGAGUUGCUGGAGAACUAUCGAGUGUUGAUUUACAACGGGCAGUUGGAUAUUAUAGUGGCGUAUCCUAUGACCGCUAAUUUCUUGGGUAAUUUGGAUUUCAACGGGGCCGAUCAGUACAAAACUGCGACGAGGUACAAAUGGUACGUGGGGGAAGACUUAGCUGGAUAUGUCAAACAGGCCGGUAACUUAACGGAGGUGUUAGUGAGAGACGCUGGUCACAUGGUUCCGGCGGAUCAGCCACAAUGGGCGCUAGAUUUGAUUCUAAGGUUCACCAGAAACAAACCUUUUCAUUGAAUCGAAGUCUCUCCAAUUAUGUUUUAUGUAUAUGUUAUAAUUAACUACAAACUAGAAGUUGAUAGAUACCUAAAAUACUCUUAAUAAAUUCUUAUUA